CACAGCCGUGAAAGUGGCGGAGGCGGACAUUGUUGUGCAAUGAAUCGCUUUUAAAGAAAAGGCUGAUGCGCCGUGCGGACUCCUGCAGCCACCGGAGUUCAUUCAGCCGAGGCGAGACAAGCACAGCCUGAUGAGACGAUGCCAGCGGCGUAGAAAUCACAACAUCUGUAGGGUGUGCUGGGUUAAGCCUCCGUGGACUCACCGGGCCUUUGUACAGAAAAGCCCACGGAGCGGCUGUUGCCUUCAAAAAAAAAACUGCGCGAGGAGGAGAAAUAAGGGCUGUUGUGCUCCUGGAGGCCUUUGGAGAACGCAGCCUGCUGCUGAGAGGAUGACAGAUUGACAUUAAUAGGGGCUUGCGGUGCGUUUUUCACACACGACCUCAUUAAGGCGUUAUCCACGGAGAACAGCACAAAAAAAGGACUGAAGUCACAGCCUUGAAGAUAGAGACAAUCUAAAUAAAGACAUCACAUGUUUCUGCCUUGAUUUUACCUCCGGUGCUGUGGUGAUCAAAUACAUGACAUCUGGAUUGCAGUUGAUGCAUGUGUUGAGCAUUAAAUAUAGCCACAUCUCAGCGCUUUUAAUAGAUUCUCAGGUACCCAUAACUGUCGUUUUUUUUUUUACUGAAAAAUGGGUAGCGAAGGUGAGAUAAUAAACAGAGAACUGUCAAAGAUGUCUGACGAAGACUUGCUGGCGUGCUCCAAAGAGGAGCUGGUGAGCCGGUUGCGUAAAGAGGAGUCAGAGAAAAUAUCGGCUCUGAUCCAGCGCGGUCGGCUUAUCAAAGAGGUAAAUAAACAGCUGCAGGGACACCUCCUCGAAAUCAGGGAACUGAAAGUCAUCAAUCAGCGCCUACAGGAGGAGAACACGGAGCUGCGGGACCUGUGCUGCUUCUUGGACGACGACCGGCUCAAAGUGAAGAAGCUGGCUCGGGAAUGGCAGCUGUUCGGGCAUCACGCGGCCAAAGUGAUGCGGGAGGACCUGGGCGGGUACUUGAAAAAGCUUGCCGACCUGGAGCGCAUGCAGGACGGGCUGGUGAAGGAAAAUCUGGACCUGAAGGAGCUGUGCCUGGUCCUAGAGGAGGAGUGUGUUAGCAGGAGUGACUCCAGUCCAGGAGGGUCCACAGAGCUGAAUCUGCCCUGCAUGGUGGCCCGGGACCUGGGAGACGGGAGCUCAAGCACAGGCAGCGUGGGAAGCCCAGAUCAGCUUCACCUGGUGUGCUCACCUGAUGACUGAUCGCAGGUUUAUGUCAGCAGUUGAAGACUGGAGGGAAUGUGAUGGACAGUAUGGAGACACAGGUGCUCUGUCAAA